AUGCAUCUCCGGUCUUUUGCGAGUGUCCUGCUUCUCUGCGGACCUGCUCUCGCGGCUCCGACCAAGGAUCGCUGCCCAGCUGGGCCCAGUGUCCCCAGUCCUGACUCGCUUGGCGCUCUUCAGGCGCUCAAUUACAACAACCUGGGCGCGGAGAACAAUGGCACCGCUGCUGUCCUGGUGUACGAACGCUUGCCCCGCUCCAAGGCUCAGGAACGAUGCGCUUCGAUCGGGGAGACCCUGUUCCCCUUUGCGUCUGUGCCUGAAGCCAACCGCACCGAGCUCGUGUAUCAGCUAGACUACCUCGUCUACGCAAAGGAUCUCCGUCCUGACGACGAUGUCUGGGUCGCCGGGGACGGCAAAUGUCUGGCGUACUCUCAGACCAGGAAACAAACGUACUCUGCGCCGUGCGACUCGAAACUUCCGGCUCUCUGCACCUCUCGCGUUCCUCCCACCACGGACGUGGAUCGCACGGUCAUCGCCUCGUCUAAGAUUACCGUGAAGAGCAACGAGUACACCUUGACUGGAUACCGCGAUGCGCGCUCAUUCCGCUUCAUAGGUGUGCCCUUCGCAGACCCUCCAGUGGACGAGUUGCGGCUCGCUCCGCCACGCGCGUACUCGGGUCCUAAGAAGAUCGAUGCAACCAAGUUCGGAAGUCCCUGCGUUCAGGCAGGGUUCGAAGGAGACGUCUCGGAGGACUGCCUGUACUUGAACAUCUACACCCCUGUCCUGCCAGAGCGCUCCGAUACUCCAGCGCACCGCCGCCCCGUGGCCGUGUACUUCUACGGCGGCGCCUUUGUCUCUGGCGCGGCGUCCGAAAUCGACUACGACGGAGGCAACUUUGCCAGCCGCAACGACGUCGUCGUCGUGACCGUCAACUACCGCCUUGGCGCCCUCGGCUGGCUCGCCACGGGGGACCUCACCACGGGCAGCUACGGUAUCCGAGAUCAGAUCCUCGCACUCGAGUGGGUGAACAAGAACAUUGCGGCCUUUGGCGGCGACCCGAGCCAUGUCACCAUCUUCGGCCAGUCCGCCGGCGGGCAGAGCGUCAUUGCCGUGCUCUCCUCGUCUGCAGCAAAGGGACUCUUUUCCGGGGCAAUCGUCCAGUCCGCACCCGUUGACCUCCCCUGGUAUACCCGUGAGGUGUACUCCUCGCUCGUGGUCCCGCAUGUCGCCUCAGCCGUCGGCUGCGGAAACUCCACAUCAAGUGAGGAAACCCUCUUGUCUUGCCUCCGCUCCAUCCCAGCAACAAAUUUCCUCGAAGACCCCAACGCCAACGUCAGCGUGACCUCCGCAAUCGCCGAAGCCGUCAGCGAAAACUACCUGCACGUGUCCCAGCUCAUCGCCAACAUCGAGCCCUACAUGCCAAUGAUUGACGACUCCGGGUCCGGCGUCAUAGACGACCAAUUCCACACCCUCCUCGAAUCAAACUCGCUUCCCAACCGCGUCCCAACAAUGUUUACAACCGUCACCGACGAAGCAACCUCCUUCGUCAACGCCGUCGUACCCAACCUCGGCUCCGCGCAGUCCUUCCUAAACACCCUCCUCGGCGUAGCAUACCCACCAACCCUCGCGCAGACAAUCGCAAACAACACAAUCUUCCCCGUGACCCCCGGACAGAACGACAGCGUCCGCAUCACGGGCGCCGAAGCCCUCACGUACAGCGAAUGGGUGUGCCCACAAGCCUACCUCCUCCGCAACGGCGGAACCACAACCUUCCCAUCGCUCUACGAAGUCCAGAUAACAAAGGGCCACGCCGCCUACAAUCUCCCCGAAAUCUGCUUCCCAAACGCAGUCUACAACGCGACGUGCCACUCCAACGAUGUCCUCCCCGUCUGGGGUACACUGAAUUCGAAGACGCAGGGCGUGAGUACCUACUACGAUACGGCCGACUGGCUGCACUCGCAGCUGCUUAAUGACGUCUUUGGGUCGUUCUUCCGGAGCUAUGAUCCGAAUCCGGAUGUCGAGUGGUUGAGGGUUAGGGGCCCUGCGUAUGCUUCUACGUUGGGGAUCUUUGCCGGAGAGGAGUACCGAAUUGAGGAGCAUAAUCCGCGCGAUGAGACGCUGGCGCUGUUGGGCAUGCCACCGUCGACGGCGCAGAAUCCAGGGCUGACGGAGAAGUGUGUUGUCUUUGAAGAGUAUGGGUUUACGUUUGAGAAUGCGGAGCUUACUGUCUGA